AAACAUGGCUUCCACAGUAGUGAAGUAAACAAUGCAUGUCUGAAGGAAAAAUAUCCUAUAGCGUGAACAAGAAGUGAACAGGAUCGGUGACCAAUAAUGGGGACGGGAGCAAGUACAUCAAGGCAGCAGUGGACUGCAGCCGAUGAAGACAAUACGGCUGUUGAAGAUGUUAGACCGCGUACGGCCGCAAAUGCGAACCUUCCUACAAACGACAUGACUGGAAUGACGAAAUUAGUGGAAGCUAAAAACAAGUUUUUGAAGAUCAAAAGUAAAGAGAAGAACACAGCGUGUUUCCAGAAACAGCUUGACGGAACAGAUAUUAUCAAAGAACUCUACAAGCGCAUGGACCCAACUGUGACACAACCUGAUAGUGGAGAUAUUAAAGGAGAUAUACAACUGUCUCUCAAGUACAAUCACAAACAACAGCUCUUACUAGUUAAAGUCAUUCGAGCUAGAGACCUUGUUCCCCGAGAUCUCAAUGGAAAAUCAGACCCAUAUGCUGUGUUAGAUCUUGUCCCAGAUAUGAACGAGGAAGGACAGAAAAAGACAGGGUACAAGUCCAAGACACUCAAUCCAGUUUUCAACGAAAUAUUUUCUUUCCAAUUGGAUCAAUCAUGCAUAGCAGACACAAAGCUAAGAGUAGCAGUCUGGGACCAUGACUUUUUUGGUGAAGAUGACUUCAAUGGGGAAGGUGUAGUGGACUUAUCCACAAUCAGUCUUGGCACUGGGACUUACACGGAUUGGUUUAUGCUUCAGCUUGCGGUACACACUUACUGUUAUUAUUGAUUAGACUUGCUAUGG